CAGAACUCCACUACCCAAGCAAACAUUGAGGUCGUGCAGGAGGUUGAACGACCCUUUUUUUCUACAUGACAUCGUUGUGCUCUGCCAGGUGCAUCGUCAUCUUCAUCAAAGGAGCCGCAGAUCCCAUGAGUGUUGAACCUCACUGCCUUUCUUCCCUGGAUUAUUGAUUCUGCUUCUUUCACGGCCUUUCUUCCCUGAGCAGGUCUGUGGUGUUCUGCCUCCCGGCAUGCAUGUGGAUUUGGCCACUGGUCUUCGUGGUGGUGGAAAGCCCUGUAAGCAAUGCUGCUGGACCGUCCACAGCUCGAACGUUUUCCUCAAUUGGUGCCAGCCUCUCAGGGUAAGGGGCAAAAAGUAUCCACAUCUUCAGAUGCAGAUAGUAUGCUUCAUUGAUAGUUACCACCACCGACCUUCUUCAGGGUAGGACCACCAACCCCCUGGCGGAUGUCGUACAGCGGGCGGUGCCCAGUUUGGUCUCAGGUUUGCUGCGUCAGCACCUCGGCUGAGCUUGGAUACCACCCUCCAUGGGGCGGUGGGAGGUUGUGGCCUAGCCCCUACAGCCUUUGCCGGUGGAUUAUGAUUAGUAGAGGGGAUGCCCCAAGUCGUGCACAACCAAGAGGUAGGUAUAUGGUAUGUGGCAUCUCCCCAUCUAUAUUAAUAUAGGUCUUCUUCAAUGGACCUUGACAUCAUGACCGAGGACUUGGCAGAUCACAAGGCUGCGCACCAGAUGCAUGAGAAGAUGCUGGAUGAAGACCUGAAGAGUUCAACGUCAGAAGUGGACAUUACGGCGCAGAUCGUGGAGAUGGCGCGCUCGGGCGGCUCGGGCUUGCCGGGGAAUCGCAGCGUCAUGGGCGAAGGAGAUCCAGUGCUGGUGCGUUGGUCCGACGGCCAUUGGUAUCCCGCGCGGGUGACCAGCAUCCACAGCCAGCAGUACCAGGUGUCGUGGGACCCGCCCUACCAAUGCUGGGCCCCGGAGAAGGUGGCUGAAGCUUCAGUGAUUCCUCGGAUGAAUCAACCCCGCGAGGUCUGCAACUUUGAUGUGGCGUUGGAGUUUGUCAAGAGACUGCGGUCCUUGAAGCAUCGCAGCAGCCAAUCCACCCGGCUCGAAGUGGUCUACCACUGGACGCGCGAGGAAAACGUCAACAAGAUCAUCGAGAACAACCUGAAACCGCCGGGGGCCACCAAUGCCGAUGGAACGCAGAUCCAUGUACUGAAUGGCGAGGCCUUUGGACGGGGGAUUUACGCGUCGACGGAUGUGAACUACGGGCGAGCCUAUGGAGCUGGUUUGAGCUGCGGCUUCCUUUGUCUGGCCUUUCCAGGACACAUGGGCCGCACUCCACACGGAAAAGGCAUCCCAAAGCGCCUUUGCAAGAAGGACGACUGCUACCAGCAAGGCAGCCUGCGCGUGUACCGAAGCUCAGAGCAGGUCUUGCCCCUCUUCUUCACCGAUCUCCCCACAGCACCGCGGCUGUCGGAGGUUGCCCAGACUAUCGCCCGCGUGCUGCGCGAACGCGUGCUGGAGCAGUCUGUGACGGAGCUGGAGUUCAAGAAGGGAGAGAAGGUGGAGGUCUUGUGGCAUGGAAGCUACUGGCAGGCGGAGGUGGCCCAAGUGAGAGCCGAUGGCCUUCUGGAUGUGAAAUGGCUCUUUCCUUUUCAAACUUGGCCGGCCGAGUGUGGCGUCAGCACCGCUCGCCUUCGGCGGCCCGAGGGCCAUUAGCAUCGGUGAGAUGGCGAAGAAAGCACGAGCCAAGCCCAGCUCUUCAAGAGGCAAGAGUUGAAUUUGCUUUAGAGUCUAGAGGCUUGUCUAGCCCUAUCUUUCAAUGAGUUGCCUGGCCGGCGAAAUCUCACUGGCUC